UGCUCCGGCGACGGCGGCUCGGCGGACGGGGAGCAGACGCGCUCCCCGGGCUCUGCCCCGUCCAGUCCCCUGUCUGUCAACUCCGACUCCAGCUGCACCAGCCCCGAGGCCAAGUCCUCCUCUGCGCAGGUCCGGGUCCGCAGGCCCCUCAACGCCUUCAUCAUCUGGACCAAGGAGGAGCGCAGGCGCCUGGCGCAGCUGAACCCCGACCUGGAGAACACGGACCUCAGCAAAAUACUGGGGAAGACCUGGAAGGCCAUGUCCUUGGCUGAGAAGCGACCCUACAUGCAGGAGGCGGAGCGUCUGAGAGUCCAGCACACCAUCGACUACCCCAACUACAAGUACCGACCGCGCCGCAGGAAGCAGCUGAAGAAGAACUCCAAGGCCCAGAGCAGCGAGGCGUCUCUGUGCAGCUCCGGCCUCACCGUGCCCUACAACCUCAGCUACCUGCUCCAGAACCAGCAGCAGAACUUCACCCACGCCAACUACCCCCCCCUGUACGGCAGCUACCAGAACGCUGCGGUUUUCCCGGACUCUCCGCCGCAGGGCCCAGCAGAACCACCGGUGUACGCCGGUCCGCCCGCGUACCCCGUGGAGCCCCUGUACCACCAGCACCUGCAGUACGGGUUCUCUGCGGGGCCUCAGCCGGAGCAGUGUGAGGCCCGGGGGUGCGGGGGUCUGCUCAGUGCCUGCGGACCCCCCCUGGAGUUCUACCUGGAGCGCGUUCAGAUGGACAUGUUGUACGAUCUGGACCGCAGUGAGUUUGAACAGUACCUGGGCCCGUCCCCCAGCAGGCCCGAGUCGGUGGACCCCAGCAGCUACAGUGAGCAGAGCGGCCACAGGGCGGAGCUGUCGUGA